AUGGGUUUGAUGAGCUGGUUCUGGGAACGACAUCAGUUUCUAAUGCACCAAUGUUUUUCACUUCCAUUCGCAUUUUUGUUUUUUUUCCUUGCUAAACGGAGAUAUCUGUCCUUGACAAACAGGUACCUGUUUGUUUCUGUUGGAGGAUGCGUCCUGGCGGUCGUCACAAUGGGCGUCUACAGCUCGCUUCUCUUCACCUCCACCUUUGUCUUUAUUCUGACCGUGUGCUCUGUGGAUCCCAGCUGUGUCCACGCCUGGGUGUUUGGUAUCCAAAUGUUGUGGCAAACCUUCUGGCACCUGCUCAUACAGUACAGGGAAUACUACCUGCAUGAGCCUGUCAGCAUCAGAUUGUUUUUGGCCGUGUCCUCUUUGAUGCUGCUCACUCAGAGAGUCACCUCAGUGUCCAUGGACCUUCAGGAGAAACGAGUUCAUCUAACAUUCAAUGCUUCAUCCAAAAGAAAGGCAUUUGUGACGCUUCUCCCUCUUAUCAGCUACAUCCUCAAUUUCACCACACUGCUCGGAGGCCCUUUGUGCUCCUACAGCCGAUUUGUGUCCUCAAUGGCCGGGAUCAACCUCAACCCUCCACCUAAUCCGCUGGGUGUAGUCGUCUUAAAAUUGAUGCAGGUGUUACUGCUGGAGUCUGUAAGGUUCUGUCUUAUCCAUCUUCUGAACACCUAUGAUCCCUCCGACUCAAUCACUCUCUAUGGCUUCCUGUGGGUUUGGGGUCUGGCGAUGAUUUUGAAGAUCCAAUAUUAUUCUCACUGGAGGAUCAGUGAAUGCCUCAAUAACGCAGCCGGGUUUGGCUUUUGGGUUCAUUCACCAGGAGACUCCCCAGACUGGAGCGGACUAUCCGAUGGAGAUUUCUGGACCGUUGAAUCGUCGAGCCGUAUGUCAGAGCUCGCCCGUCGAUGGAACGCCACAACAGCUUCGUGGCUGCGUAGACUGGUUUAUAUAAGGUGCAAACGUUUCCCUUUGUUCAUGACUUUUAGUUUCUCAAUGUGGUGGCAUGGUUGUCAUUUAGGUCACAUUGUGGGAUUUCUGACCUGGGCAGCAACGGUGAAAGCAGAUUAUCAUGUACACAGCUACCUGAAACCAAAACUUUCAUCAAUGUGGAGGAAAAUAUACACUUGUUUAGGCUGGAUUAACACUCAAAUGACUAUUGCUAGUAUUGUUAUAGCAGUAGAAUUAAGAAAUAUGUCUGGUUUGAGACUUUUGUCUACAACCUACAUAGGUCUGUUUCCCAUUUUUAACAUAAUUCUUGCCUUUCUUUUAUUAAAACUCAACACAGUUCAGUAAUGCAGUCAUUUGAACGCGUUCCCCUAACCACGACAGGCCUGUUCUGUCAUUUAAAUAUAUGAACGGACUUUAUGUUGCUCUCAAAAUGGGAUGUCUGCAAUUAUCUUACUGUAUUGUGUUUUGUUGUCGUUGUUCUUUGUCUUGUUA